AUGGCCAUCCAGAAAAACUUCAAGGCUCGCCCCGACGACAUCUUCGUCGUGAGUUACCCAAAGUCCGGAACCACCUGGCUUAAAGCUCUCAGCUUUGCCACCAUGACCAGAACCCAGUACCCUCUGGCUCACCACCCUCUUCUUAGCUUCAACCCACACGACUGUGUCUUGCUCGUGGAGGAAUGCUUCCAAAAAGGCCUGAUUUCCAAGAUAGAAGCCUUGCCCUCCCCGAGAAUCCUCGCCAUCCACAUGCCUCACUCACUGUUGCCUGACUCGAUGACGAGCUCCAGCUGCCGGUUCGUAUACAUCUGCCGUGACCCGAAGGACACACUGGUCUCCAUGUGGCACUUCAGAGAGAAGUCGAGGCCGAAGACCGUGGAGCCUACUCCGUUCGCCGAAGCCUUCGAGGCGUUCUGUGAGGGGACCAGCGCCUUUGGGGCGAUGUGGGACCAUGUUUUGGAGUACUGGAGGGCGAGCUUGAGGAGCCCUGAGAGGGUCCUGUUCUUGAAGUAUGAGGAGAUGAUGGAUGAGCCGGUGGGGAACGUGAGGAGGUUGGCGGAGUUCAUGGGCUGCCCCUUCACCGAAGAGGAGGAGAAGGGAGGGGUGGUGGAGGAGAUUGUAAAGCUUUGUAGCUUUGAGAAACUGAAGAGCUUGGAAGCAAACAAGGUGGGAACCCAAGGAGGUCCUGGCUUCGUUGUAACGAAUGAUUCUUUCUUCAGGAAAGGAGGUGGGGGAGAUUGGAAGAAUCAUAUGAGUCCGGAGAUGGCUCGAAGGCUGGACGCCAUCACGCAGCAAAAGCUGUUCGAGUCCGGUCUGACUCUCGGGACUGUGAGCGUAGAAGCAGCCUCCAGCGACGAUGCCUCAGCUCAUGGCCAGUAA